AAACUACAUGUCCCAUCUACUGUCGGCUUUGCAAUGUUUUUAACCGAUAACCUGGGCCGGGGCAGACUGCAAUAACUCUACAAACAGCUGCCUCAUCGUUGGACAUUUAACACGGAUCACUGAAUACUGCUGACAACUGACAGAAAUGUCAGAGACGUCGAGUGACGCAGAGUCGUCCUGUGGCUGGACGAUUAUUAGUAACGAGGGUUCAGAUAUUGAGAGGUUGGGAUCGGAGGCUGCAGUGGAGUAUGGAGUCGACCUGUUGGAGCGCCCUCCAGUGGUGGAAGCAGAGUUGCGGGACACACCAGCUGCUGCAUCUGGUUCUGGGUGUGAUGUGGAGAGGGUCGGGGUUCCACUCGACAACACUCUGGGAGAUCAAACCAUAAAUGAAACACUGUAUGCUUCAAAGGCUGGAGACAACCCUGCAGAGAAAGAGCAUGUGACUCUGUUGUCCUCCAGCGAUCACUCCGACAUUGUGACUCUAGGAGACGUAAAGGAGGACGAGCACGCAGAGGUGGAGGAGGUGGCAGCAGCACAUGAGGAGUUUUACCUCGGCACCUCCUGCAGCAGCCAGUAUGCGUUCAGUGCUACAGAGACCGUUUUUCCAGGAAAGCAGCCUGCAGCCACAAACUCGAGCAGCAGUGAGGACGAGGCAGGACGAAGUCCCAGCACUGUUGUACGAAGACGAAGGCUGAGGAGGAAUACGGCGAGUGUUGUGACAGAUCACGAGGAAGAAGAGGAGGAGGCGCUGGAGUCUGGUCCAAGUGAGGAGGAGGAGGAAGAGGAAGAGGAAGAUAAUGUCAAAAGAGAGAGGGAGCGGGGUGAAGUCAGACCUGCUACUCCGGAUGUCCGAAUGCGAGGACAGGGCAGCAGCAUCCUCAACAGAUGCAUCCUGCUCGCCCUCAUCAUCGCCAUCAGCAUGGGCUUCGGUCAUUUCUAUGGCACCAUCCAAAGUCAAGAGAGGCAGAAAAUUGUGGAGAAAGGCAAAGUGAACGAGCUUGAGGGUGUGAGGCAUCUGCUUCAAAAGCACGUCCAGAGGGUAGACUUUGGCUUUGAUGACCUGGAUGAGCAAGAAGUUAUUUCACUGCUCACAGAUGUCAUUGAGAAAGUAAAGAAAGAGAACGAGGAGCUCUACAUUAAGCAGGCAAACAUUCAGGCCCACAAGGACAACCUGGAAAUGUUAUUGAAACAGGAAGAUGAGGAGAGGACUAACAUCAUGUCUCAGCAGCAGAGCCUGACAGUGGAGAACAAGCAGUUAAAGAGCCUCCUGAAACGAGAGGAAAAAUCCCUGUCUGCUUUGCAGGACGAGCUGGUGAUCCUGCGCUUAAAGAUGGCAGAUUUUGAUGCUGGUGGGGACACGUGGGUUUUCUCACAGUCAGAAAACCAAAGGCUGGAAAACAAGCUGGAGCACAAGACGCAACAGAUCCGAAGCCUUCGCAGCCAGCGGGAAGACAUGAUAGCCGAAGCACAGACACUGAGGAAGAAUCUUGAAAUGGAGAAGAAAGUUACAGAUGAGCUGAGGAGGGAGUUGAAUCGGCUGAGAAGUCGCAUCAGUGGAGCUGGAAGAGGAGCCGGUUCAGAGGCAGAAGAGUUACAGUCACGUCUGAUGGAGCUGGAGAAGAGGCUCAGCUUCGAGCAGCAGCGCUCUGACCUGUGGGAGAGGCUGUAUGUGGAAACCAAAGAAGAGAGAGCCAAAGGAGAGACAGAGUCGAAAGUGAAAAAACCUAAAGAGGGCAUGGCGGGGAAGGUGAAGGAGACAUUUGAUGCUGUGAAGAACUCCACCAAAGAGUUUGUCCACCACCACAAAGAGCAGAUCAAGAAAGCGAAGGAAGCUGUGAAGGAGAACUUGAGGAAAUUCUCAGAUUCUGUCAAAUCAACUUUCCGCCACUUCAAGGAUUCAGCUUCGACCUUCAUCAACAAGGCCAGAGGCUUUUAUCAUAAAAAAUGUGACGAGAAGAAUACAAAAGAGUCAUGGCAGCACAGGUACCACAAACCUCAACACAGACACUCACACAAAUCUGACGAUUCCUUCCACAGCAACCACAAUACUCGAAAAUCAGGUGAUAAAGUUAAUCAAGAUCGAGGUCAAAACACCCACAAAGCCAACCAGAAAAGAUGCGCUGGGGUCUUCGACUGCGCCUACCAGGAAUCCAUGAGCCUCUUCAACAAAGCCAUGGAGCCAAUAAGAGCAGACGAGUUUUACCAGCUGCUUCAGAGCUACCUGCAGCAGGAGGUCGACCACUUCCACCACUGGAAAGAGUUGGACAUGUUCAUCAACAACUUCUUCCACAACGGCGUGUUCAUCCACGACCAGAUGCUGUUCACAGACUUUGUUAACGGCGUGGAGGACUAUCUGACAGACAUGCACGAGUAUCAUGGUCUUGAUGACGAUCUGUUUGGAGAUCUUGACGACUACGUCUUCCGGCACUUCUUUGGAGAUGCUUACACAAAAAGCUAUGGCCCGAGUGCGCCAUUCGAAAGACCUGAGUCAGAUUCAGAGGAGUCGUCCAGGACAAAGCAUCAUCAACGUAAGCAGCAGAGACCCAGACCCCGACCACACAGCGAACGCAAGUGGAGCCGAUCAGGAAGAAACGCAGACAGACACAUAGCAGAUGUCAAAAUAGAACUGGGUCCCAUGCCGUUUGAUCCCAAAUACUGAAAACAU